AGGGAAUGUCUGAUACGAGUAAUCAACCACUACAGAAAAUGUCUGAUACGAGUAAUCAACCACUACAGGAAAUGUUUGAGACAAGUAAUCCACCACUACAUGAAAUGUCUGAUACAAGUAGUCAACUAGAUAGUUCCGAACAAUCCACACCAUCUUACAAUCAUCCUUGUGGAGAUCUACUUGUUGAAGGAAGAAGAAGAGACUUCAUCAAUAUUUGUCUUCCUCUCUAUCAAGCGUCAGUCGUAGGAGACUGGGAAGCAGUGGAAAAUAUCCUAGCCAUUAAUCGUGAAUUCAAAGAUGACUUACUAGGGUAUAGUAUCACAGAAGAUAAGGAUACAGCACUUACCAUUGCUGCAUCUUCCGAAAGCAUCAAGUUCGUGGAAAAUCUAGUCGACCGGAUGACAGAUCAGCAACUCACACUUCAAGAUAAACAUGGCCAAACCGCCCUUCAUAUCGCAGCUGGAGUUGGAAACGUCGAUAUGGCAAUGGCUAUGGUUGGAAAGCAUCCGCAACUGCUGAAAAUCCGUAAUGGUGUCAACGCGCUGCCAAUCUAUGUGGCUGCUAUAUAUGGAAAACAUGAUAUGGUCGCUUAUCUCUAUGAUGAGUACAAAAGUAUGGCAGGUGAUGAUUGGACAGUCGACGACAUAAGUAACGUUUUCUGGAGAUGCAUCGAGGCUGAUCUCUUUGGUACAUUUCUUGUUUCAUCAUAAUUAUGCAUGUGUUUAAGUA